UAUAAAGGGGCAUAACUCAAAAAUUACGGUUUUUCAGUUUUAUUCAUAAAGGGGCCUAAAAUACUGCCCUCUAUCGGUUUCUAACCGACUUACGCAUAAAACGUACUUUUUUAAGUGUAGAAACCUAUAUCAGCCUUUUUAGUACUGAUGGAUGCCGCGCGCUUUUUUAGAACUAAACGGCCACCAUUCAGUAUCAUGCCAACACUAUAGUGAACAGGUUGUGUUUCUUGUCGGCGUGUUUGUGAUUGUGUCUUUGAUUCACAAAUUGUCAGAAAAUCGUCGGUGAUGUCUGAAAGAGCUCGCAGAAUGGUAGGUGUAGCAAGAUCUACCUUACACAAGGAAACCCUACCUUUAGAAUUUCAAACCGAACCGGAAAAUCGUAUUGUUUUAGAUCAGGGCAUCGAACAGGAUAAUACAAUAAACUCGAUUAUGACUUCAUACGAAUUUAUUGAGACAGAAGAGUGUAGUAAAGAAAAAUUCACUGAGAAUUUCAUCUCAAAUCAAUCUAUUGAAGAUACUAACGAAGAUUUGGAGCUGGGCAAAAAUAGUUCUGUAGAUAGAGAAUGCGUUCAAGAAAAACCAGAUCAUCUCAGUUUGGAUGUUAACGAACCAAAUUUAACAAAAUAUUUGGAUAUAUCUUUCAAUGAUUCUGUUGAAGUAGAUCAAGGUCGCCCGAAAGAAAAAUCAGAUUACUCAACUUUGACCAAUGAAAAUAAUUUGAUUCAACGUUCGAAUGUCGAAGCUACUGAAUCAUUUACUGUUGAACUAGAUAAAGAGUGUCCCACUAAAUUACAGAUAAAACGAAAAUGCUGUACGGAUGUAACAAACAAAAAAUACCGCAUUUCUCCGAUUCACUCAAAUGAAAGUGAUGUUGACCACACCGAUUCUGAUCCGACUUAUUCACAGGAAAACUAUCAAAUUAGGUAUUCUUUUCUGAAUGAUAUACUAUCAACAAACUUCCCAGUGCCUGAAAAUAGUUUGUCUUCGAAUUCAUCUUCCGAUAAUUCUUCAGAGUCGUCUACAGAUGAAGAAAAUCUUCAAGAGAAUAUUCACAAGGGGAGGAAACGUUCUAGAAAUCCCGAAAAAUGGAAGCAAAUUAAGGCCAAAAAACUUCGAAACAGUGGGAAAGCUUACAAAUCAGUAUCCAAGUCCAAGAAACAAAUUCCAGAAAGAACAAUGAAAUCACCUUGUCCUGAAAAAUGUCGAUUAAAAUGUGGUGAUAAUAUCGAUACGGAAAAUCGAACAGCGAUAUUUAAUAGUUUCUGGAAACUUGGGGAUAUUAAUAAGCAACGUGCAUUUGUUGGGUCAUGUAUGAAAAAUAUAGUUCCCCGAUACAAAUACACGAAUGCCGAAAGACCUAGAAAUGCCAACCAGGCUUUUUACUUCACAGUAAAUGGUUUGCCAAUACGAGUUUGCAAAACAUUUUACAAAAAUACCUUGGACAUAUCGGACAAGAUGAUUCGCACUGUAAGGAUUAAGAUGGGUGAAAAUGGAUUUCUACAAGAUGAUAAUCGGGGAAAACACAAUCAUCACCUACAAAUUGAUCCACUUCUUAAGGAGGAUAUCAAAAAUCACAUCAAUUCAAUUCCGAGAAUCGAUUCACACUACGUGCGGUCGACUACUGAACGUGAAUACAUAGAUGGCAGUAAAACUAUUACUCAACUCUACAAAGACUUUGAAGAAGAUCAGAAAUCAAAGAAGAAAGGCGCUGGAAAAUAUUGGAUUUAUUAUAAUAUUUUUACAAGGGACUUCAAUAUCGGGUUUCAUCAACCCAAAAAGGAUCAGUGCGACCAAUGCCUAUCCUAUCUUAAUGCACAGGGAACAUCCAAAGAAAAUUUGGAAGAAGAAUAUAGAAACCAUUUACAAGAGAAAGAUUUGAGCCGCACAGAAAAGAAACAAGAUCGUUCUGAAAUAUCAGACAAUAAAAAAGUAGUGGUUUACGAUCUCCAAGCGGUCCUACAGUGUCCAAGGGGUGAUACUUCCGCUUUUUAUUACAAGUCCAAGCUAAAUAGCUAUAACCUAACUCUAGUAGAAUUAGAAAAAAUAGAAGAUAAUGCUAAAAAACAUCAUGCCUACAAAGAUGUCCAUUGUUUUUAUUCGAACGAAACAGAAGGUAAACGUGGCGCUAUUGAAAUAGGCACAUGCAUUCUGAAAUAUUUUGACACAAUAUUUAGCUGUAAUCCACAUUUACACGAGACCGGAUUAGACAUUGCAUUCUAUUCUGACAACUGCUGUGGCCAGAAUAAAAAUAAAUUUAUUGCAAGUCUUUAUUUAUGUGCUAUCAAUCGUUACAACAUAAAAAGCUUGACACAUAAAUUUUUAAUCAAAGGCCACACCCAGAAUGAAGGGGACAAUGUUCAUUCUUUAAUAGAAAAAGAAGUUAAGAGGAACCUAAAAUCCGGUCCCAUAUACACUCCCCAUCAAUACGUCACUAUAAUAAAAAACGCAAAAAAAUCCAAGCCUUCUUUCAAUGUUCACGAACUCUCACACGAAUGUUUCCUUGAUAUUAAAAAACUUCAAGAGGAUCUGGGAUGUAAUUUUAGGGAAGAUGUCCGAGGAAAUGUUUUAUCUUGGAAUAAAAUAAAAAGUCUUAAAUUUAUUAAAGACAAGCCAUACAGCUUUUUUUAUAGAACAUCUUAUUCUGAUGAUUACACUGAAGUAGUUGUGAGAUCUCAAAGGAGAAAAAUGAAAGCCAUCGAAAAGUUACAAUUGGGGCUGGUUUAUCCAACAAAACUUGAACUUGGUGAAAAUAAGAAGAAAGACUUAAGAGAUCUCGUUUCAAAAAACCUAAUACCUAGUUUUUAUUCCGAUUUUUUUAACUCGAUUUUGUAA